AUACGAUCAAAGUCAACGACGACCGUACCAGACGUGUCGAGGCCAUCUACAAUGCACCGUCCCCCCUCACCCCCCUUUCGUUUGAGUCACCAGAAUUCGGUCCAGGCGAUUCGCAGUUUGAAACUCCAUCGUCUACUCCUGCUGAAGCCGACAUCAUUCAUGCUUCCUCUUCUCAGCCAGUCUCCAACACUACCAAAACUCUCCUGCGGCAAACAUCUGCCCGUCUCGUGCAGCAUGAAGUCCAGAGUCGCCGGGAUAAACGCAAGGCUAGAUUCCGUGGCCAUCGCAAGGAAGUACACGACCUGAAGAUGGCCAAGCACUCAGCCCGAGUCAAUCGCAAGACCAAGUCUCAGAUCUCGAAGAGAAAUUCUGGGUACGGCGCCGUCAUCGUCCUCACUGAUUUCAAAGUCGCCGACAUCUCUAUCGCUCCUGGAGGUGACAUUGGAUGCCACCGGCCGGCGGAGAAGUCACUCCCCACUCUGGCCUCGCUCAUGUCACGCCCGGGCUAUCGCUACAUUCCCAACGAUGGAAGCACGUCUCUCGGGGUUGUCGAUCCCGACGGUACCCUUCUCGCUGGUAUAUUUACAGGUCCUGCUCCACGAAACGCGAGUUCUCCAUCAUGGGAUACAGCAAUCGAAGACAUGUCCUCGUUGAUGGAACGUUUGCGCCGUGAAGAGGAUGUGUCCUUCUUGCGGGGAGAGACGCACCAUCGUCGUGGAAAUUAUACACUUGUGUCCUCUGGUAUCACGCACGGCAAUGGGCGAAAGAUUCCUGGUAAUCUUCGUGAACGGCACCCAGCUAUAGUGGAAGAGUUGAAGAAUAGCGAGGCUGUCCGUCGCGUAGUCGGACACCAGGAUGCCUUGUUCCGAUAUAAUGCACCAAAGCUCUAUGCGCACUGUGCAGAUCAGGUUGACGAGCUUUUAGCUCACCAUCAAGAUCUCCAGCGGCCCUUCUCACACUCCGUCUACACGACUUUCACUGCCAACAUGGGACCUGCAUCUUCUACCUUCAAGCACGUAGACUCACAAAAUGACGCACACGUGUGGUGCGCCAUAACUAAUGGUGGCCACUUUGACUUCCGAAAAGGCGCACACCUUGUCCUCUACGACUUCAAACUCAUCAUCGAGUUCCCGCCCGGAUGUACUGCCAUUCUUCCUUCCGCCACAGUGAGCCACGGCAAUACUGCCAUUGGUCCCGGAGAAACUCGCUACUCUUUGACGCAGUACAUUAACGGUGCCCUUUUCCGAUGGGUCCGUCAUGGAUUUAGGCCUGCUAGUGGUCUGACUCGAAAUGAUAGAGCUGAGAGGGAUGGGGAUGCAGAAGAUCGUUGUGCGAAGGUACUGGGGAUGUUCUCGAAGACGGACGAGAUUCUGCUGGACCGGGAAUGUCUGCUGUAG